AUGAUUCAUGGACUGGUACCUGCUCUAAAGCCAUUGUCCAAAGACGAUCUGGGCAGACUUGCCUGCCCGAUGUUGGCCCCGUCUAGACAAUCCUUGCAGUUGGUGCGCUACGUGCCGUUCUGGCGACUGGUGACCACGCGCUGGUUCGUCACAAAGAAGUAG